GAGCCGGGCAGACAAUGUGACCGAGUGGCCGUGUUGGGGUCCACCCGCUCCGGGGGGAGGGGUGUGUGCGCUCCAGUUGUCAGCUGGUCCAUCUGGAGGAAUAUUUCGCUAACUCUCUGCUUCGGUUUCGGACUGCGCUCCUGAACUUCUGCGCAAACAAACCUGUAUUUGCGCUCAUGAGAUUCCGGGAUUCGGUCCACAUCCUCACCUCAGCAGUAUGGCCAUAGCUGCGCGGUCCCGGACGGGGUUUUACCGGCAGGAGGUGAACAGAACCGUGUGGGAGGUGCCGGAGAGGUACCGGGACUUAAAGCAGGUCGGCACCGGAGCCUACGGAACCGUGUGUUCGGCUUGGGACCGGCGCUCAGGGACACAGGUGGCCAUCAAGAAGCUCCACCGGCCCUUCCAGUCCAAACUUUUUGCCAAAAGAGCCUACAGAGAGCUGCGACUCCUCAAACACAUGAAGCAUGAAAAUGUGAUUGGGCUGUUGGAUGUUUUCACAGCUGAGAUCUCUUUGGAUCGGUUUCGAGACUUCUACCUGGUGAUGCCGUUCAUGGGCACCGACCUCGGCAAGCUGAUGAAGAUGGAGAGAUUGUCAGAGGAUCGGGUCCAAUUCCUGGUUUAUCAGAUGCUGAGAGGCCUUAAGUAUAUCCACUCUGCAGGGAUCAUCCACAGGGACCUCAAACCUGGAAAUUUGGCCAUUAACCCUGAUUGUGAGCUAAAGAUCCUGGACUUCGGCUUGGCCCGGCAGGCCGACGCGGAGAUGACCGGGUACGUUGUGACGCGCUGGUACAGAGCGCCGGAGGUUAUCCUUAACUGGAUGCACUACACGCAGACUGUGGAUAUUUGGUCAGCUGGUUGCAUCAUGGCUGAGAUGUUGCUGGGGAAACCUUUGUUCAAGGGAAACGACCACCUGGACCAGUUAAGAGAAAUCAUGAAGAUUACAGGAACUCCGACUCCAGACUUUGUUCUCAAGCUACAGAGUCAAGAUGCCAGAAACUACAUCCGGAGUUUACCGAAAGUGCCAAAGAAAGAUUUGCCCUCCAUUUUCUCCAAAGCCAGCUCAAAUGCGGUGAGCGUCCUGGAAAAGAUGCUCCUUCUGGACCCUGACAGCAGGGCCAGCGCCUCGGAGGCCCUGGAGCUGCCGUUCUUCACCGAGUUCAGGGACGUGGAGGAGGAGAGCGAGGCGCUGCCGUACGACCAGACCAUGGACAACACGGACCUGCCGCUGGAGCAGUGGAAACGUCAUACGUUCACAGAGAUCCUGACCUUCCGGCCGCCGCGGGACUCAAAGGAAACAUCACUUUAAGAGCUCACACACCUGCAAAUAUUAACUUUUAUCUACACGCAGAAAUAUUAUUUUUAAUCUUAUCUAUUAGUAGUUGUCCAAAUCGUUUGUCAAUGCUUUUACUGUCAAUAAAUAGUUCA